CUCUGGGCCUGAGGAACCCCUUGGCGGUGCAGGGAGCGUACCCUCCAGGAGCUUUUGGCCUGCCUCCUCCAGGGGUGAAUGGCGACCUGCCCGGGGCGGCGGGCUACGGAGCCGGUCUCCACUUGGUCUCCCCCCAGAUGAAUGGAGCAGCUGCAGCAGCAGCAGCUGCAGCCGCUGCAGGCUACGGACGGUCCCCUGUGGUGGGCUAUGAGUCUCCACACCCACAUAUGAGGGUCCCUGGGCUCCCUGCCAGCCUGCAGUCAGCUACAGGAAAACCUGCCUACUCGUUCCACGUGAGCGCCGACGGUCAGAUGCAGCCGGUGCCGUUUCCCCCCGACGCCCUGCUCGGUCCGGGAAUCAUCUUCUCUCUGGGCUACUGUCCGACAGGCGAGUGGCUCGCCGUGGGGAUGGAGAGCAGCAACGUGGAGGUCCUGCACGUCUCCAAACCAGACAAGUACCAGCUGCACCUCCACGAGAGCUGCGUCCUGUCGCUCAAGUUCGCCUACUGUGGUAAAUGGUUUGUGAGCACAGGAAAAGAUAACCUCCUGAAUGCCUGGCGGACGCCCUACGGCUCCAGCAUAUUCCAGUCCAAGGAGUCUUCRUCAGUUCUCAGCUGCGAUAUCUCACCGGACGACCAGUUCAUCGUCACCGGCUCCGGGGACAAGAAAGCCACGGUCUACGAAGUCAUCUACUGAUCUCUGAUUGGCUCCAUGUGGUAAACUUCUAAUCAGAGGGCGGAGCCAAGUCUCCCUCCUGCACCAAUGACUACAGAGCGUCGGUGGCACAGGAAGCAAGGGACACUCAGCUUGUACUUUGUUUUGAAAUGAGUGAGAAGAAAGGACAGGCAAAGUCACAUCUCUGGAAAAACUUUUUUUUAUGCUCUGCGAACGCUGGGUAGUCUAUAGCUGCGCAAUUAUGGGAUUCCUCCAAAGACAUUUUUGAUUUUCUUCUUUCUAUUUUUGUUUCUUUUUUUUAUAAAAUAAUAAACUCUGUAGGCUAAAAGAAAUUAGAAGAAAAAAACUAUUUGAAUUUAUUGAGUAGAGUCAAAACAAAGGGGAUAAAAAGGGUCCCGACUUGGUGCUGAACGUGAAGUCAAAGUCUGAGUAUUCUCAGCCCUGUUCGGCCCGGUUUGGCCCGGUUCAGCCCGGCGCGGUCCAACUCGGCGGACGGCAGAUGGCGGGACAGUCUACUGAGGUUCCAGCUGCUUUUAUAAUUUUUUCUCCUCGUUCGUUUUAGCAGCAACAUGAUUGUAAAACGUCUCGUGGCACACAGAGCUCCUCUAAAACAUCCUGGAUUUUCUUUUUUUCUUUAUUUUAUUUUUUACAAAAUGGACACAAAGCAAAAACCUAAAAUCAGUUGAAGAAUGAAGUGUCUCUUUUUUGGGUUGUUUUUGUUUUGGCACAAAUAAACCAACUGAGCAGUGUUUUAUAAAACUCAUCUUGAUCCUUGAACCUUGCUCUAUAUGAACGUGUAAAUAAAGUUCUCUUAAGGCAAAACAAGGAAGGCAUUAGACUUGUUUGUCUCUGAGGUGUCUAAAGGAUGAUUAAUUUGAAAAAAAAAAAAAAGAAGCAACAUAUUAGAUUCGGUUGCUCCUUGUUUCUCCAUCGAGCUUCAGGCAGGUUUGACUCGGAUGUUUCAAAGCGGAGAAGAAAAGGAAGCAGUUGUUGCGUAUUUUGUUCAGACGUUCGCAGCCAGAACAGCGUGCUCUCACCGGGUGGUGUCAGAAAGCAUCUUGGAAAUAUUUGGAUGAAAAACAAGCGAUGUGAAAGGUGAGUGCACACACUCUGCCUCUGACAGCUUUCCUCUCAUUCUGAAUGAGCGCUCAGCUGCUCUGCUCCCGCUGAUGUGAGGAAGGCCUCUUGGGAUUCAGGUUGAUGCAGUUCGAGUUGUGAGGCGAGUGAAGCGUUCAAAUUCUGUUCAGAUUAGCGCUUUGAUUAUUUAGGAGCUCUAAAGGCUGCUGCUGUAGAUGAAUGGAAACCCAAGCAGCCAAUUAAAGCUACACGCCCAUCUCAUCUUCUGCUGCUUACCUGAGGUCAGGUGGCAGGAGACGACAGGUCCCCUCCCCCGGGUGAUGGACCUCCUCCCUCCAUCUGUAAGGAUGAGCCCGGCCUCUCUGUGAAGGAAGCUCAUCUCACCUGCUUGUAUCCAGGAUCUCUUCCUUUCAGUCGUGAUCCCCACCUCCUGACCACAGGUGAGGGCUGAAAUGUAGACAKACCAGUAAAUCCAGAGCUUUGCCUUUUGACUCGGCUCUUUCUUCACCACCACCGACUAAAGCAACACCCCCAAAAUAAAAAUAAAAAAGCCCCGAUCCAGCUCCUACCAUCCCCUGUAAACUGGAGGCCCAGAUACUUGAGGCAGAGCCCCCCCUCCCAAAAYAUUUGGCAGGUCUGUUUCUUGUAGUUUAAGCUCAUUAAAUUGGUAAAUUAAAAUUUCAGCAAAUGUGGGAACGUGUGUAAACGAGCUCCAUUUUCUGUUUAAUUUCAUGUUUUUGUGAUUUGUUCAGUGAUUAUUUUUAAUUGUUAAAACACAACCCUUUGUCACUGAUGAGGGGAACAGUGACUUUGUUUUUUUGUUUUUUUAAAUCGGACAAAGUUGUCACUGUUAAGUGAAUAAAGUUGUUUUUUUUUUAUGGUCA